CUCACUGGCUUCAAAUUGAUAUGUCGUUCAUCUGAGUCGGUCUAGUAGUUCGAAAGUUAUGGAUUAUUGAAAAAGGUCAUUUUUGAAAAAGGGGGAUAAGUUAAUUUUUCGGACCACGAUAAAAUGGAAAUAAGAAAUUAAAAAAUAAAAAUACGGGUUUAAUAUUUUACGAUGAGGAAUAAAACUAUCAAUUUUCAUGAACAUCUGACAAUCACUAUAUCGGUUUGGCAUGGAAUUCAAUUUUAUGCUUGACCCAUUCUCACCCCCACUCAGUGUAAAUGAGAGAUUAUAUUGAAAAUACUGAAAUUCGAAUGGAAAAAAAAAUUUGGUGUUCAAAAUCAGUAAUGACUCAUCUGGCAAAACUUUCAAGAAUAAUUCUAUCCAGUAUUUACAAUUUUAGUAGUUCAAAAAUAUUCGCAAUAUUUGUCAAGAUAUUACUAAUAGUAACUUUCUCCAUUUUUAACCCAAUUUCACCCCCAUCGACGGUACUAGAAAUGGUACUCGGAAGCGGCGGCCUUUCGCAAACAAACCUGUGUUCCAUCAAUUGCCCGGUUAGUUUGAAACAUAGGAGACGAUCCUUUAAUUAGGUCGGGCGUCGGACGGCAUAUGUUUGCUCGUAGUACCAUUGUGGUUCGCCCGGAAGACGAAACGGAUUUCGUGUGCGACGCCGACUGCAACUUCUCGCAGGAAUUUGAGGAAGGACUCCGGAUCUCAUCGGUAGAUGAAGUACUAAGCCAGUACGCGGAACAGUAUGGUAGCACACCACCGCGGACAAGGAUAAAGAACAAAAGCAGAAGUUCGCGCCAGAGGAUGGAAGGAAGCGUUAAAAUGCGUACCGGUGGACGCCUGGCGCGUCCACGUGCGGAUCGUCGCAACACCGUUGAUUGUGCGAUUUUAAAUCAGAUGAUAAUGGAACCGAACGGCUCGGAAGAGAAGGCUCGCACUGAUAAGCGUUCCACACAGCUUCUUCGGGAAUCCGAGCGUGAAAUCAAGAUGGCUGCGGCGGCGAGUACAAUGGUUGCUAGGAACUCGACGAACUUUGGCCAUUCCGGUGGCCCCAUUGAGGAGCGAGCCGAGAGCAUGCCAAUUACUAAUGUUCUGCCCUCGAUGUCGGUUGGAGUGGUACCGGCACUGAUCGAGUCAUGUAACCGUUUCAUGAGCGUCAAAUCACGACCCGUGGGUUGCAGAACCUCGGCGCCACCGUUGGCGUUUGCUAGUUUCCGUGAAUCUUCCGCCAACAUAGGUGCGGCUAUUCCAGAGAAUAGAAUCGCAUUCCAUGAGACAUUCUCUAAUUUGAUAAAACUUGGCAGCAUCGAUAAGGAUCGAACUAAUCGUAGUGUGAUUUCAACGGAGGAAAGAUUAUGGCAGACACACGUGAACGAUCUGAUUUGGCUGGAACUGCAGGCUUGGCACGCGGAUCGCUCCGUUGAUCAGCAAGAUAAAAUUCUAUGUCAAGCGAGAAACGAAAUCAAUUCUCUUCUGAAGGAAAUAAUGGACUUCCGCUUUCAACGACAAUUCGCUAGAACUGCAAGCGACGUGAGUAUGGCAGAUAGUGGGCUCGGAACAGAUGCUACUUCCUCGACGGCUAGCUCCAAUCGUCAAUUUUGCUUCGGAUGUUUGUCGAUGUACUGUAAGGACUGUUUAGACAUUCAGACGAUCGCACUGAAACAGGUGGAAAAUCUGUUGCUACGGCUGGAAUCUAAAGAAGCGUUAUUUCCAUCCUCUAAGGCGAUGGGAAUGGCAUUUCCGUUGUAUCUCAGUGAAGAGUUUGUUGGGCGAGUAAAAGCUAUGUGUCUUUGGUACAAUAUGACCAAACAGCAUCGACUCACUCUGCUGAUAUUAGGGAAACUAUUGGCUAGACUCCAGGGGAACAAGCGGGACGUUUACCAUUGGCCGAUAAUGGAGACAGACAGCUCCACUAGUUCCUCUGUGCAAGAGGAGAAUGGAGACAGCGGCGACAGUGGGCAGUGCGAUUUGAGCUCCAGUUCAGUGGGUAGUUGUCCAGCGAAGCGUGUUCAAUUCGUAGAAAAUGGAAGUGCUACGGAAAGUGCAAACAGUGACGAGUCAGGUCGUGACUUCUCCGACUUCGAGGAUCUAUCUGUUCGGCGACAUUUUUCCUUCACCGGAGAUGCUGAAAUGAGUCAGUAUAUGAACACGCUGAAUUUUUAUAGUGUCAAUUCAACAACUGAAGCUAGUUCGUAUUCUACCAACGAUUCGACUACACUUUAUCGCAAAUAUAUCGAGAACGUACUCAAAUGUAGAGGUCUCGGAAAAUCACUGACAUUUCUCCAUCGAUUGCACAAUGUCGUGCUUCGAAAGGCACAACUUACGCUGGAAAAGCAUAACAUCCAAGAACAAGAUGAUCAUCUUUUUGACGAGGAGGACGUUCCGUGUAUUGAGCCUCCGCUGGAUAAGGAACAAGAAAGUGAACUCCGCCGGUUCGGGGCAUGGAGCAAUGAAGCUAAGCAGCUGAAUCUUCCCUCGUAUGUUUCGGCGUUUAUAUUUCUGUCGUUGAUUCCAUUGGAGGUGAUUCAGGAGUUCCUGCGAAUGCGACUGGAAACUAGACCAAUUCAGCCGAAUCCUCUUAGCUUGGAGCAACUCAUUAAAGAACUCAAGGAAGGCCUAACGCUUGCUAUGAUUCAUCGAGAGCGCUUUCAGAAACACAUUAACACUGCGCUGGGUGAUCGAGAAACCGAACUGGACAAAUACAUGGCAGUGCUGGAGGCUUUCGAUGGUACGGUGAAAAAUAUUUUCGGUUUGUAUCUGGAGUAUGCUGAGCAGUGGAUUCUGGUAGCUACGCCCGACUGUCAUCAGAAGGCAGCCCUGGACGAAGAAUGGCGAUUCACUAAAUUACUUUCGCCGAUGAUUCCGGGGCAGCACGCGAUGGCGGCCAAUCGGUUCUGUAUGAUUGUGGAGAAAGUGUUGGAGAACACGGGGAGGAAAAUGAUCGCACGGUUGCGAGAGCUGGAAGAUCAGAUUAAACUGAUCGAUAGAAGUGAUAGUGACAAAUGGGGGAAGAAGUGGCAGUUUUUGGCCCUCUGCAGGGAGACACAGUACGUUUUUACAUUUGCCAGAGAUAUAACUAUGAAAAUUAUGGCGUUUACCAAAGGACUGUUUCGUGAUCUUGAGAAAAGAGAUUUUCAUCGGGAUCAUUGUGAUGAUAGUGAAGAAGAAGCAGAACCAGGAGUAGUGUUGAGAAACAUCGGGAAAACAAGCAGCCCUGUUUGCCAGGAAGUUGUGGACAGUUUGCGGGUGUUGAAGAAAAAUGCCUUACUAUUUCGUAAUAAGUUAACAUCGGUUAUCGAAAACUUACAAGACGAGUGCCAUGUGCGGAAUAUGGCAGAUAUGGACGAAGGUGACCGAAUAGCGGUACUGUCGAGAACUCGAGAGAUUCUUCAUCAAGGGUAUAAGUUUGGGUUCGAGUUACAUAAAGACUUAACUAGGCUGUACGAAACUAAAGCGGAUAACUGUCGAGAUCGUGAAAGUGAACUGAAACUGUCGAAUGCCGUAGUGCACUUCGCCAAACUUUGGAUGAAGUUUGUGAUGGAACGUUGCGAACGGGGGAGGGGCCUCAGACCCCGAUGGGCAAAUCAAGGACUUGAGUUUUUGAUUUCGGCUUGCGAUCCACAGUGUACUAGUCAUCUAAAUAAUACCGAGUUCGAGGAUCUCAAGUCCAAGAUGGAUGCGUGUAUAUCACAUGUGAUCGGAAGUAUCAGAGAACCGGAGACACUUCGACGAUCUCCGCGAUCGCGGAAAAGUUCCCCGUCUCCGUCACCAUCGCAGGGGCGUGCAUCUAUACCUACGAUAACUUUAUCGAAAACAUUUCAAAAUCAGUUGAGCCUGCGGGAGGAUGGUGUUACGCUCAGGCCACAUAAUCUUGUGGACGCGAAUGAUAUUUAUCGGAAACAAACAUCAUGCGAUGAUGGUCUUCAAGAGGUGAAAAUUCGCGUGCCGACGGAGCCACGGUUUGGCAGUAAACCAUUGCGUCAGUUGCGAGUACGCGACGCUAUCAACAAACUCGAUAUCGAGUUGGAUGAGAAACUACGCGAACGGAAUCUAAUAGGUAAUAUGAAGGAAAUAAGUUACUGUGAUAAGGCACUGCAUCGAGCGCGCAGUGUGAACUUCAGCUGGCAUCGUGGCAUUAAGAUAGGUCAAGGGCGAUUCGGAAAGGUUUACACAGCGGUGAAUAAUUCUUCUGGAGAGCUAAUGGCUAUGAAAGAAAUCGCUAUUCAACCUGGCGAAACGAGCGCUAUAAGAAAGGUGGCCGAGGAAUUAAAGAUAUUCGAAGGAAUCAAUCACCGGAAUUUGGUUAAAUAUCACGGUGUAGAAAUUCACAGGGAGGAAUUGCUGAUAUUCAUGGAGCUAUGUCCCGAAGGAACGUUGGAAAGCCUAGUCGAAAUGAAUGGCGGGUUACCGGAGGCGCAGACACGUCGCUACACGAUACAGUUACUGUCGGGAGUGAAAGAGCUCCAUCGUCAUGGUGUUGUUCAUCGGGAUAUCAAGACGGCAAAUAUUUUCCUUACCAGGGAUGGCAAUUCUUUGAAGCUGGGCGAUUUUGGUUCGGCCGUUAAGAUUCAAGCUCACACUACGAUGCCGGGGGAACUGAAAGGAUAUGUUGGAACACAAGCCUAUAUGGCACCUGAGGUUUUCACCAAAACCAAUAGUGAAGGACACGGUCGAGCGGCUGACAUAUGGUCCACUGGGUGUGUCGUUAUAGAAAUCUGUUCCGGGAAGCGACCAUGGCAUCAGUUUGAUUCCAAUUUCCAGAUCAUGUUCAAGGUGGGCAUGGGUGAAACACCGGAAAUUCCCAGCUGUUUGUCGGAGGAAGGUUAUGACUUCGUGGAAAGUUGUUUACAGCACGAUCCGAAACAGCGCAAAACAGCCGAAGAACUGUUGCAGCACAAUUUUUGUAAGGUUAACGAUGAGAGCAUGGCUUGUUUCUCGCCGUUGCCAGUCAAGAUGUGAGAAAUGUUCCGAACACUAUACGUCCGAAACUUUUCGAACAGGAAAAACAAUUACGAGUACUUGAAAAGACUGUUCAGUAUUGAUUCUAUAGCAGCGAUCAAAGUUGAUUUUUUUUACUUAAUCUCAUGGUAAGCCGGGGUUUUCCAUACAUUCCAAAGACUCGUCGUUGGUGUGGGUCGAUAAACGAAUUCAGUUGUGAACAUUGAGAAGAGGAAAAUACGAGGUAUUAAUGAAUUGCAUAGCAUUCAUCAUAAUUAGCACUGGUUAUCGAGCAACAGUUGAACUGAACCAAUUAAGACACCUAAAAAACAAGAUAUACACAAUAUAUUGGAUGCUGUUAAUAUAAUGUUGAUGUAAAUGCAGAAAGUGUAUGUCGGAAUUUCUGUCUAAAACAGCCGAAACAUAUGCAGGUUGUCUUCUAGAUUUGUUUUAUUACUA